GGGCACGGCUGUAGAUAAUAAUCCAUAAUAGGCUAUUAUCUAUAGCCGUGGUUAUGGGUUAUUGCCUUAUCGGCCACCAAUUCUGAUUUCGGCAUUUUCGUUGUGUGGUGUCGAAUGCAAUGCGAUUCGCGGUUAUUGCCGUGCCCGUCCAACAACAUGGAAGUUCACAAAUGCCCGUCGUUGGAAACGUUGAGUCGGACCAACGCGUUCUUAGGUUGAACGAUCGGAAUGUGAACCGUUGACUAUUGCCCAUAGCAAGUUUGUGGACGCAGGCGUGUCUGGGUCGAGAUUUGUGUACAGCGAACAAAAAUCGUUGUAAUGGCAUACGUUCAGGCCGGGGCCGUCAGAAACAUGGCUCGUCACCGAUAUCUAGUGUACUUGAUCAUAUGGCUUUGCAUCUUUUUUCCAGGUAGGCAAUGUUUUUUAAUGUGUCUGGUCUUUCAUUUGAACUUUUAGCCGUUAGGUAACAUCAUCACACCAGUGCCUAAAACUGUGCGCAAUAAUAAUAAUUUUUGAUUAAUAUAAUAAUAUGCUAAUUAAUAGGUGUAUGAUUUACCGCAUAAUGGUGUAUUUUCCAAAAAGUAUUUUUUUUUUUUUUAACUUGUUUGAUAUUCAAAGUACUCAGAUUUCUUCACACAGUACCUUAAAAGAUACCGAAUUUAAACUCGACGGUAUUUUAUUUAAACGAUUUGUCCCAAAUGUUUUUCAAAAAAAUUAAGAAACAUAAUAAAUCACGAUACAUAGGUUUUAUAUUCGUUGAUUGAUUUCUUUGACUAUUCUUGGCUACUAGGGAAAAACUACAACUAAUAAUAAAAUGUUAAGGUUCUUAGAUACUAGUUCAGAAUUAUUUUUAAUUUAAAUAAUUAUUACCAUUGCCUACAGACUUUAAGUAUGUUUAGAAACUAAAUGACUAUAUCAUAUACCUUCCCACCUACAACCGUGGCGAUACAACCGUAUCUCUUUAUUUUUUAAAAAUUAUUUAACAAUUCAGUAGAUAGGAUAUUAUUUAUUUAAAUAAUAUAAUAAUAAUUAUUAUAGAUACCUACUUAGAUAGAUACCUAUUAUGUUAGGUAAAAUGUUUUGCAUGCCUAGUUAAUUUUAAAUUGAAUUGUAUUGUAUGUAUUUUAUUUUUUUUGGGGUAGAAGUAUAAAUGUAAUAUAAAGUAGUAGUAGUAAAUUACAUCCAUUUUAAUAAUUACAUGAUACAAUUGGUUGGUUUCAGCAUUGUACUUCAAAAUAUCUGAUCGACAUAUUCUUGACGGAAGGAUAGUGAACACAUCCAACAACGCAGCACAUAAGUAUUUUGAGUCGGUGAUUAGGAUUGAUUACAAGGAUCUAACAAAAGUGUGCAAUUCUCCUCAAAUUAUUGAACACGGCGACGAAGGAAAUAUCGGUACUACAAUUAUCUAACUAGAAAUUAUUAUAAUGCAUAAUAUAUUGUGAUAGCGAAUAUUUUAGUUGGAAUAUAAAAUUAUUGAAAAUAAAAAUAAUUUGAUGCAUUUUAACUGUUCAGAAUACUAUAUGAACAGAAUGCAAUAAAAAAAACAGAAUACUAAAAUUUUAGAAAUCAUAUAUUGAACCUAUAAAAAUUGAUUUACCUGACAACAUUUUUAUUCCAAUUAUUUAGAUUUACAAUAAAUAAACUUCCAAACAUUUAUAUUUAUUUUACCAUUUUGUUUUCUUUAUUUUCUAAUAAAAUCAUUUGUUACAUAAUUAUAUUUUAAAAUUUAGUUUUCCAAAAUAUUAGUGCACUAGUUUUUUUUUUUUCCUGUUUCUUAAGUACGGCAAGUCACCAGAAUAUGUUUAUAUAAAAAUGAUGUAGACUGUUUUGCAAGACACGACAGGUUCUGAUGAAUUAACUUUCGGUCGCCACAACUGACGACACUGUCACUUCCAGAGUACCUGCAGUACCUGCGCCAUAAUCACACGAAACAUAACAUCAAAAUUAGAAAAUUAGUUUUUUCCCCUUCAGAUGAUGAAAUUCUUAUACAGGAAGUACAAGCAAAUUCUAUUUUAUAUUAUAUCUCUGACGAUAGUUACAUAAAUAUUAUUAUACAGAAUAACAUUCAAUAACAAAGGUCAAAAUAUCAUUAUUAUUGUACAUUAUUUAUCUCCAUAAUAAUUUGAUCAAAUCUGUAUUAACUGUACCAUAAUUAUAAAUUAAAACUAAAAACUGUACAAAUACAUGUAACUAUUGUACGUGAACUGGUUUGCGAGUAAACUAAAAAUUAGUGAUGGGUCACCGCGACAUGUCAUGUCUAACAAAAUAGAUUGCAACCAUCAUUUGCAAUGACUUAUUACGCCUUAAAAAAUAUUCCUUUAGUUACUACCAUCUUUUUUUAUAUUAUUAUCCUAAUAAUUUCUAAAUAUGCUAAUUUUAUACUUUUGUUAAUUACUUAUAAAAACUUAUUGUUAUUAUUUUAUUUGUAUAGGUUUAUUAAACACCAGUCUCACGCUCCAAGGAGUAAUAGUUUUGACCCGCCAUGGAGAUCGUGGACCGAUGAAUCACAUCAGGAACAUUGAUGACAUUGAUUGUGGAACGUCUGCUAAUUCAGAGUACAAUGACUAUUUGGAAUUUUUACAAAACAUAUCCUCAUUGCAGUUCUUAGGUCCUUUUCAUGAGUCCCCAUUAUACCCAUCUGAAAACACUUGUUCCUUAAGUCAAUUGACUCCGGUGGGUAUAUCACAAAUGCUCAAACUCGGACGUAUUUUGCGUUCAGUGUACUCUCCUCUGUUCAGCUUUGCCAAUUCUGAUGAUAUAAUCAUAUACAGUACAAAAUACAGGCGUACAUUUCAGAGUGCUUUAGCAUUUGCAUAUGCUAUUCUGUCUCCUGAUGUGUUGUCCAAAAUAACAUUCAAGGAAAGUGAUAGUUACAGUUAUUGUUUCGACCAUUGUGCAUGUUCCAUCACUGAUAAAAUUCAUCUUAAAAUUAAACAGUCCUAUUCAAGGCGAUUGAAACGUCGCGAGGUCAUAAAAAAGUUGAUUCAACGUUUGCACACCAUAGUACACGUUAUGUCCAAUGUAAAAGUGGAUCCGUACAUAUUGAGAGAUUCGAUAAUGACCUAUGUGUGUCAUGGAGCACCAUUACCCUGCUAUCAGGAUGACUGUGUGACCACUGAAAAUGUGCGUGAGUUGUUCAAGUACUUAGAUUGGGACUUAGAGAGGUAUGCCAAGCAUGGACAACUGCAUAAGUAUGGAUUGCUAAAAUCCUACGGUUUUGCUUUAAAUAUGGCCAAGAACCUGUUGAAAAUGGUAUCUGAGGGCAAACCGCGACUAGUCUUAUAUUCAGGUCAUGAUUUGACCUCUCAGUAUCUGUUGUCUGCGCUAGGCGUUCUCAACUCUCAAACCAUUAUCCCGUACUAUGCCUCCCGGUUAGUUUUUGAGGUGUAUCGUGACAAUACGUUGGACACUCCGGACCCCAGUAAAGAUUUUUAUUUCAGAGUUAUUUUUAACGGUCUAGAUGUCACUCGAACAGUCUUAUUCUGUACAAGUGGUUUUUAUAGUGCUGGUCCUACAGAUCAAGCUGACUACCUGUGUCCCAUAGAGUCAGCUAUCAGGUUCAUACACGAAGAUUACUUUACUGCAUUUAAUGCUUCUAACUUUAAAGAAGCAUGUGACAAACAACCAUAAAUUAUUAAGCAAUAUUUUAUUUCUAUAAUGAAGCACUAUACCUUGAAUUCUCAAAAAUCAUCUCACUAAAAGUAAUUUAUACUCCAGUAAUAUUUUAUCCCUCCAACAAAAGACAUACAAAAAUAUUGCAAAAUUAUUUUUCUUACUUUUUGUGAAAAUUUGAAAUCUCAUCAAUAUGGAUCUCUUCUCGUAAACAUUAAAUCGCAAUGAUCUCCAGUUGAAUAUAUUUGUUUGUUGCGUUGAGUAAAGUAAUAAUAUUUUAUUUUCUAAAUCACUGUAAGACUGUUUCAACAGUUCUAUAAUUAGUAAUGACUAUGUAUAAUAGUACUAAUACUAUUAAAUAUCUAUAUUUAUAUGAAAUAGUGUAUAAUUAUACACAACACUAUACUAACCAAAAUAUUCACUGUGAUGCCAUGUAACAUUACUGAUAAUGAAAUAUUACUUAUAUUAUUGUUUCUAGUCAGAUAUUUAUUAUUUUUUGAUGUAUUUUAGUAGACAAUUCUUGUUUUUGAUUAUAUUUUAUAUAGAGUUUAAUAUUUUAUGUUAUUGAUUAUUUUAAUAUCCAAAUUAUCAUUAUUGUUUAUUUUAUAUAAAAAAUUAAUAUUAUAAUUUUUUUGUUUUUAAUUACAUAUUUAAACCAAAGUAAACCUAACAUAAUGUAGUAGGUAAGUAUUAUAAUAUUAUAGUACUCAUACCGCUAUACCUAUUACUCGUUAAAAUAGACAUACAGACUAUUUUGUUGUGUAUUAUAGCCAUACUGUGUAAUAAUAUAUACAUUAAAAAAAAUAUAAAUUUUAUUGAGAUAUACUAUACUGAUAUGCUAUACUGCAGCGUUUCUCAAACUGUAGGUUGCAACCCACUGGUGAGUCCCUAAUCAAUGUUUGAUAGGUCACGAAUAUUGUUUUGAAUUAUACAGAUUCCAAGAAAUUGGAAAAAAAAAAGUUUUCUGAGCGAAACAAGAAAUGUAUUGUUUUUACAAUAUUUAUUUAUUUUUAUCUGUGAACAACUUUUCUACCAGCAAUUUUAAUAAGAUUUUCAAGUAUAGCACUUUUUCUGAAAUGAAAUCCUAACGGAGCGGUACUUUAAGGAAGUAGUUUUUUGAUUUUCUUAGCUGUUUUCAUAAACUACUUUUUGAAAAGUGAAAUCAUAUCAUGCUGGUCGCAAUGGAUUUUCAGGAGAAAAUUUGAGUCGUGGUCCUAAAAAGAUUGAGAACCACUGCGCUUUAUUCAUACUUUAUAACCGCUUGUUAAAUGUCAUUUAGAUCGGUAAACUUGUCGUUCGGUCUAUGAUCUGUAUUCUUACAUUAUAUAAUAGUGUCUAUUACAAAUGUCGAUGUUUUUAUUUCACCUGCCCCAUUUAAUUA